AUGGCACUUUCCCAUGCAAAUUCAGUAUAUAAGCAAGCACCUAUAUCUUCCAUCUCUAACAACCCAAAACCCAAUAGAAACUCAUCUUCACCAUUUGCCCUUGCCGACAUGUUCUAUUACCUUCUCUUCUUUGUGUGGUUCUUCACUGCCUUUCUAGUCCACUACUUCAUCAAAACAUUCUUGAAACCUGCUUGCCAAGUCCACCUGCCGCCCAGCCCUCCAUCUCUACCUCUUAUCGGCCACCUCCAUCUCAUCGGCUCCGUCCUACCCAAGUCUUUCCAAGACCUAGCUCGCCACUAUGGUCCACUGAUGCAGAUCCGUCUAGGCGCAGCAACAUGUGUUAUUGCCUCCAAUGCUGCUGUGGCCAAAGAAAUCUUCAAGACCCAAGAACUCAAUUUCUCUUCUCGACCUGAAUUUGGCUCCUCUGAAUAUUUCAUCUACAGGGGAUCAAGAUUUGUCACUGCUCAAUAUGGUGACUACUGGAGGUUCAUGAAGAAGCUUUGCAUGACAAGGCUUCUAGCUGUUCCUCAACUCGAUAAGUUCACUGAUAUACGUGACCAAGAAAAGGUGAAGCUCGUGGAAUCGGUGAUGAGUUGUGCUAAAGAAGGAAAACUCUGCGAUUUGAGUAGUGAAUUCACUAUUUACACAAAUAAUACUAUUUGUAGGAUGGCUAUGAGCACGAGGUGCUCAGGAAGCGAUAAUGAUGCGGAGGAGAUUAAGCAGUUGAUCAAGACUUGUUUAGCGCUUGCAGGGAAGCUUAGUGUCGGAGAUAUUUUAGGUCCUCUCAAGAUUUUUGAUUUCUCUUCGACUGGGAAGAAGCUGGUUGGGGCUUUGAAGAAGUAUGAUCGAUUGGUGGAGAGGAUAAUUACGGAACAUGAAGAGAAGGCCGUCAAAGGUGCUGUUGUGGAAAGGAAAGAUUUGAUGGACAUUUUGUUGGAGAUAUAUAAUGAUCCUGCUGCUGAAAUUAGAUUAUCCAAAAAUGACAUCAAGUCUUUCUUGCUUGAUAUAUUCUUUGCCGGCACAGACACAACAUCAGCAGCCAUGCAAUGGGCCAUGGGAGAGCUCAUCAACUGUCCAAGAGCAUUCAACAAGCUUAGAGAUGAAAUCAAUACAGUUGUAGGGAACAACAGGCUAAUCAAAGAAUCCGACGUCCAAAAUCUCCCCUACCUUCGGGCAGUCAUCAGGGAAACCCUAAGACUUCACCCAUCAGCACCCUUAAUCAUCAGAGAAUGUGCAGAAGACUGCAAGGUAAAUGGUUCCAUAGUCAAGGCCAAAACUAGAGUUCUUGUAAAUGUAUAUGCAGUCAUGAGGGAUCCAGAGUCGUGGACAAACCCAGAUGAGUUCAUGCCCGAAAGAUUCAUGGAAAGCUCUAAGGAGAAGAUUGGAGAGCAUCAAAUGGAAUUUAAGGGACAGAACUUUCGUUACCUUCCAUUUGGGAGUGGAAGAAGAGGAUGCCCUGGAGCUUCAAUCGCUAUGUUGGUGAUGCAUGCAGCAGUAGGAGCAUUGGUUCAGUGCUUUGAUUGGAAAGUUGAGGAUGGUGACAAGGUUGAUUUGAGCCCAGGAUCUGGAUUUGCGGCUGAAAUGGCUCAUCCACUUGUGUGUUACCCUGUUAAACAUAUGAAUUUGUUUAAUUAGUUAAAAGAAGUUGUGCAAUUUCCAGUAAUAAGCAGGGGCUACUUAACUGGCUAGUGGUUGUUUAAAGUGUUGUCAUUUAGAUGCUUUAGUGUUUAUGGCAGCUGUUAAUGCAAGAAUAUGCAUUAAGAGAUCAAUGUAAUAAUAUAUCUAUGGAUCUUGCUUGUUUAAUUUUGUCUUAUUAAAAAAUAUUAUAUUAGAAUAAUUAAG